AUGCCACUUGAGAUACUCAUUAAGAUUCUGUCGUACCUGGACGCCGCUGCUCUUUUCAGAAUCAGCCACGUCAAUAAGCUCUUCUGCCGGCUUGCCAACGAUAAUGCCCUGUGGAGCAUGAUAUACUUAUUCGAGUUUAAAGAGUGUACAUCUACCUGCAUUGAUGAGCUGCUGCAGAUGAGACUGCAGGAUCGGGCCUCCGGCUACUGGAAGAGGCUGUUCUUCGAGGCGGUCGUCCAACGCGACACAAACAAGUUGAAGAAAAACCUCCGAUACAUCGACCGCUACACCGGGCUGCCCUCUCGAACAGAGCGGCUUCUCAGAAAUUUGCACGUCACCUGGGAACUGACAGUGUCUGAUGAGUCAGGGAAUGAGGUCACACUCGAGCUCAUCAGGUCCGAGUUCUGUGGGACGUCUGUGAGUCUGAGCUGGAGCGGAGGAGGCCGCCUGCCCAGCUACCAGCACAUCUCCACCCUCCAGCUCCACGGUGUCAGCAGGAUGACCCACGGCUGCUCCCACCUAAAGAAUCCUGGCGGGAGGUCCCUCAUGUCCAAGGUUGACAUGCAGGCUUUAACUCAAAGCGCGCAGGUCAUCGGUCGGGACAGACUGGUUGAACUGAAGCUGCUGCAGCCUGGAAUCAUCAUCGGUACCUGGAAGGACCAGCGCACCGUCGCCUUCAUCAUGUUCACCCUUCACUUCCACCGGCUCGUGGAGAGAAGCGUCCAGGGCUCUUCGUUCUGCCCCCGCAUGGCGCCAGUGGUCCGACCCGCUUCUGAUGACAUAGACCCAGAGUAUGGUCUCCAUGGAUACCAACUACACAUUGUUCUCCACGACACCGUCCGCGAGCUCAUGUCUGAAAGCUUCUACCAGCUCUCCUGCCCUAGAAGUCAGAUCAGGGACGGACUGAUCCAGCUCACCGCCAUCAGCGGGGCAGGCUCACACAUCCCUCUGUCAGGCAGACUCACCUUGCCCUGGAGGUGUGAGGCCCUGCAGGGCUCGGCAGAGAACUGCUGCAUCAUGAGUCUGACUCUCCUGGAUGAAUUCAGGAACCCCUUCUGGUGUGUCAGCUCUCCUGUUUCCCUGCAGCUGGAGAAGACGUUGAGUGGCUCCUUCGACUACGAUGGCGAGCGCUUCCCGAUCCACCAUGUGGACGCAGACGGUCAGGUGGAGAUGACACUCGCCUGGGUUAAGGAGCAGAAGCAGUUUGUCAUCGUCUGUUUAAUUGUUUAUGUGAGUGUUUCUAAAGUCAACGAGCAUUUCAGUAGAGAUUACUGA